GUAGACCCCUCCUGCCUCUUCGGCCCAACUCCAUCCCAGUCUAUCCCAUCUGCCACCUCAGCCCUAAAUACUCCUCUCCUUUUUUUAUUUUAUUUUACCUCACCUAACUGCUGUCUCAGCCCAUCCUUAGCUGCCCUUGGAUGAAGUUUCCAAUCGGCUGUUUCUGUUUUUAUUUAUGUUUCCUACAGGCACUCCUGCAACUAGCAUUCUUAGUUGCUUUUUCUGCCCACCCCAACUGGCUCUCGGGUUUUAUUUGGCUUCCCCUAAUUCUGGCUCUGUGCAACUGACCUUUGCUCACCUUCUUUACCUAUAGACAUUCCCAACUGUCCCCUCCUUCCCUGUCCCAAUUGACCCCCUGUCCACACUGAACUUUCAUUAACCCCUAUACCUCAUUUUUUUAACCACCCCUCAAUUCCCUAACUGCCCCCAAGCCAUUCAACAGUUCUGUACCACAACCCGCACAUACCUCUGUCCCUGCCUAGUUUCCAGCGGUCACCCUUUUUCAUUUCAUCAUCUCAGAUUGCCAAUUAAGUCGCUUAACAGUCACCUGUAAAUUUCACUUACUCUUAUACAUUUGGCUUUGGAAAAUUUGCUUUCUCCUUUAUCUUUUACCACAUCCACAUUUCCUGGGCUCUCCAUCUCCAACCUGUAUAUUCAGCCAAUAGAAACGUCCAGCACUAGAAAUACCUUUGAAGCUCUCUUUCCUUUUUCGGGACCCAUACACCCUCUUUCCAAUCUCUAGAUCUGCUACUGGUCUCAUCCCUACAGCCAUUUACACGAGUAAGUGAUUCAUUUUUCAUUAUCCUCCCAGCAGCAAUGAGGAGACUCAGUCCAGCCACCCAGCCCAGUCCAGUCAGGCAGGUCCACGAAGACGGAGACAACCUCAUCCCCUUUGCCAAGUGUUCCAAGGUGGUUAGCCGAUCUCCAACCCCCAGCUUGCCUUCCCAGAGCUUCAGACUGACACCCCAGCAUUAUGGAGACAUCUUCUGGGAGAACCUUAGUCAAAGGCCCAGCCCCACUUGGAUGGAAGAACCGUGCAUCCCAUCCCUGCUGAGAGCCACUGGUUGUUCCAAGCCUGGCAUGUGCCCCCCUGAGGAGCUCCCACCCCCUGAGAUGCUUUUCCGAAGAAAGAGAAGGAGGCAAUAUUUGGCAGGAAUGCAGCAGGGACCUGGGGGCAUCCCAGCCCGAGUAAGGGCUGUCACUUACCACCUGGAGGAUCUAAGGAGGCGUCAGAGAAUCAUCAAUGAACUAAAGAAGGCCCAGUGGGGCAGCUCUGGGACUGCGUCUGAACCCCUGGUGCAUGGCAAAGCAGGCUGUAGAUUCCCCAGCACCACUGGACACCCUGAUCUGGAAGAGGAGAGGGCAGCCUAUCCACAGGAAGAGGACCACUUUCUCACACCUGACAGGGCCCAGGGAAACAAGUCAGAGAUUUGGGCGUAUUUGGCUCUUUGGUCUCCCUGGAGUCCCCUGGUCCUGGAAGGAUCUUGUCUCUCCAGGCAGCUGAGCUCUCUACCUCCCUAUAGCACUGUCACAGCCAGUAGGAACCCCCUUAACAGUACCUGGGGGAUGGAGUUGACUGAGGAGUAAGGAGAAACCAUCCAUGCCCAUCCAACAUGCUAGCACUGCCUCAAGGACCCAAGCCGCCUUCUCAUCGCUGGAAUCACCCCCAUUUCUGGCAUCAAGGCAUUCCUGUCCCUAGCCUCUCCCAGUUUCCUCUCCCAUCUUCUGCACUAGGCACUAACAGCCAUCUGGGCCUCCCAUCGCAACCCACCCCCCUCACAGGAACUCCCCAAUGCCGGUU